AUGGGAGGAAAUCAGACCUCUAUCACAGAGUUCAUCCUCCUGGGAUUCCCUCUUAACCCAAGGACACAGUUGCUUCUCUUUGGCCUCUUCUCCCUGUUCUAUGCCUUCACCCUGCUGGGGAAUGGGCUCAUCCUGCUGCUCAUCUGCCUGGAUGGUAGACUGCACACCCCCAUGUACUUCUUCCUCUCCCACCUGGCCAUUGUGGACAUUGCCUACGCCUGCAACACGGUGCCCCAGAUGCUGGUGAAUCUGUUGAGCCCAGACAAGCCCAUCUCCUUUGCUGGCUGCAUGACCCAGACCUUCCUCUUUUUGACUUUUGCACACACAGAAUGUCUACUCCUGGUGGUGAUGUCCUAUGACCGCUAUGUGGCCAUCUGCCACCCUCUGCGGUACCCUGCCAUCAUGAGCUGGAGGGUCUGCAUUGCCCUAGUGGUGACUUCCUGGAUUGUAGGAGUCCUCUUGGCCCUUGUCCAUCUAGGAUUACUUCUGCCGUUGCCUUUCUGUGGAUCUCAGAAAGUCAAUCACUUUUUCUGUGAAAUUAUAGCUGUUCUCAGACUUGCCUGUGCAGAUACUCACAUUAAUGAGGUCAUGGUUUUGUCUGGGGCAGUGUCUGUGCUGGUGGGGCCUUUCUCCUCAAUCGUAGUAUCUUACAUUCAUAUUCUCCAUGCCAUCCUGAGGAUUAGGUCAGGAGAGGGCCGCCAGAAAGCCUUCUCCACCUGCUCCUCUCACCUCUGUGUUGUUGGACUUUUUUAUGGCACAGCUAUUGUUAUGUACAUUGGACCCCAACACGGGAACUCUAAAGACCAGAAAAAAUAUCUCCUACUCUUUCAUAGUCUUUUUAAUCCCAUGCUCAACCCGCUGAUCUAUAGUCUGAGGAACAAAGAGGUAAAAAAUGGUCUGACUAGGCUAUUUCUAAAUGAAAGAACUUCCUGA